AUGGGAAGAGCGGAAAUGCGGAAUAAUGCAAAUCGAUUUGGCGAUCUGGCCGGUCUCGGGCCGGAGUUAUUGUUGCAAGUUUGGUCGUGUGAGGUGGUAACAGUGCGAAUGGACCUCUUCUAUUCCGGCUUCCUUGAGGCUGGAAGACGGCCAAGGGGCAAGCGGUUGGCUGGAUUCGUCAUGCUUCUCGUUCUUCUCGGCUUCUUGCUCCUGCAACUUGGCCUCAAAAGUUACGUCGACACGACAACCAACCGGAGAAACAUCGCCAACGGCCUUGUCGAAGAGGCUACACGCCCUCCGGAAGAGGAUCAGGCCCUGUCGGUUCUGACGUCUUUGAAUGCAGAGCUGAACCAUCUUUUAGAGGAGGAUAUUCCAAGUUUAGAGGAAUUUUCACAGUCGUUUCUAGAACAAUGGGCGAAAGAUGAGGACUCAUUCUGCAAUGAUGGUAAGUAA